GGGCUCCUCACCCCCGAUCCCUGCAUAGGCUCAGUUAUUUCGGGUUCAGCAGCAAAGCCUUCCUCCCAGACCUUGGCGAGGAAAGGAAGCAGGCGCGCCUCUUUCCCCAAAGGAUUCAGUUUCUUCCAGCGUCUGUGCUGCAAAGGCGAAGAGAGGGAGCAGUCAGAAAGAGCUCUAUGAUGAAGACCUGCCUUUUUGUCGGGCUGACGUUGGUUUCCAUCUCCGGCCGGCGUCGCUCCGCCUCUUCCCCCGGGCGUUUUCAGGGAGGCUGCAGCUAAAGCCACGCUCUCCAGGCCAGACUAGAGCUCACCCGUCUGCGUCUUAAUAAUGGCUUCCAACACAGAACGCACCUUCAUUGCCGUCAAGCCUGAUGGAGUCCAGCGGGGAUUAGUAGGAGAAAUCAUCAAGCGCUUUGAACAGAAGGGCUUCCGACUGGUGGCUAUGAAAUUUAUGCAUGCUUCUGAAGAACUUCUCAAAAAACAUUACAUUGACCUGAAAGAUAGGCCAUUCUACUCAGGUUUGGUUAAAUAUAUGAAUUCUGGACCUGUAGUAGCCAUGGUUUGGGAAGGCCUCAAUGUUGUAAAGACUGGCAGAGUAAUGUUGGGAGAAACUAACCCUGCAGAUUCAAAGCCUGGCACUAUCCGUGGUGACUUCUGCAUUCAAGUGGGCAGGAACAUCAUUCAUGGCAGUGACUCCGUAGAGAGUGCUCAGAAGGAGAUUAACCUGUGGUUCAAGCCUGAAGAACUUGUGAGCUUCAAGUCUUGUGCUCAUGACUGGAUUUAUGAAUAAACAUGUCUUUCGGUUAAUUAUGCCUUUUUCUAGCAAAGUAUCUCAUUCCACUCGAGUAUUUGAGCUAGGACGAUUACCACGAUUAUCUUUAAUUAUUGGCACUAACAAAUAAACAUUCAUGAAC